CAAAAAAAGUAAUCGGCGCUUAUAUCAACAUCCAGAAACUAGCUGCCUAAGACCAGACCCUAAUAGCCGAAUUCAAAUUCUUUCAUUCCUACUCUUCUCCGGUGAAAGAACUCAACUUAUAUCCUAGUGUUAGGGUUUCACACUGAAUACUUGACUUCUUACUUUCCAAAGCUCCAUAAUUGUUAGGGUUUGAUCAGAAACCCCCAACUUGCGGAUAUGCCAAGAGAACUUCCAGGGUUUUACUUUGACCCUGAGAAAAAUAGGUAUUUUGCUAUUAAAGGACCAAUUCCUGGCUUUAGCAAUCUUCAAAGACCACCUUUAAAAGAACCAGACAAGCAGCCAAAUGAACAGCAUAGUGUGUGUAGUCAAAGAAAGGGAAUAAGAACUGCUAACUUGCUUCAAUUUAGGGAGUUAUAUGGUGGAAAAGUUGCCCCUUUUGGCAAGGGGAGGUGUAGUUUCCAGCACGAGUACCAAAAGAACCGAGCAUCCCAACCAAUGAUUUGGAAGUAUAAGAAAACUGAUAUGAUUGCUGACAGUGCUUUGGAGCAGUUGCGCAUUGAUAUACAAACACCAGAAGGGGAAAAUGAAGCAAAUGGUUUACUGAUGGGUAGCACUAACGGGUCGUUGAGUUUUUAUGAAGUUAGCAAAGAUGAACAAGAUUUUGAUUACGGGAUUAAGUGCACACCAGAUUUUGUCUGGCCUCUCUUGCAAGAAACCCAAGCUGAGUGCAGCAAUGCACCAGGACAUAUAUGGAGGCCUGCUGGAGCUUCCGAAAUUAUGCCCUCGCAUAUAUCAUGUAUACAGAGGACCCAGAAGCAUUCUCUCUGUACACCCGAUGAUGGUCCCUCUAACCUCACCCAGCAUGCAUUAAUAACUACUCUUGGCUCUGACACAUCUGGUGGUUCUCUCUACAUGUUGAAUCUUAGUGAACCCUUGGAUUUAAAUCCAACCGAUCCUGUUUUGAGAAGAAGAAUUACUAAAGUUGCUUCGGUGAAUUGUACAAUUUGGACGGCUGAUUGCAACACUAAUGGGUCUGAAGCAGUUAUUGGGACCAAUGUAGGAGCAACCUUGGUAAAUCUAGAGACUGGAGCUUUUUCAUGGCUGUGCCGCUGUAGAAGUGACUUGUUCUCCCUAAAGUUUGACCAUUCGGGAAAUAUCAUUAUAUGUGGAUUUAGAAAUGGAGCAAUUGUGACAGUUGAUGUUCGCCAGAAGCAGGGAGUUUCUGCCGGACUUCCUAGGCACCAAAUACCGUAUUCUUCGUGUACACUUCGUGGUGCAUCGAGUAUUAAUCCAAGGAAAUUUUCUAGGCAAAUGUUUGAGCUAAGAGGAAACAUAAGACCCUCUUGUACUACCAGUAUGUCUUCGUCUAUUUCCAGUUUGGUGGCUCUUCAAACCUAUGACCAGUAUUUCCUGGCAAGCACCUUGGAUGGAUCAAUUAAGCUCUAUGAUCAUCGCUUGACCCAGAGAGGAGCUGUCCAGUCUUAUGAAGGGCAAGUGAAUUCCCAUACACAUAUACAGCUUGGAGUUGAUCCUUCUGAGAGUGUUGUCAUGUCAGGUGGUGAGGAUGGUUAUGUGCGCAUAUGGGGCAUCAAGACCGCUCAGCUUCUCUUCAGCUCUAGAAUCUCAAGUUCUGCUCCUGCUGCCCUCUGCUGGCCCGGAAUUGGAAAACAACCGUUGCCAAAGAAAAGACGAGAGUGUGAAGAUGACGAUAUACAUGCGCAGAUUCACAGUUGGGGGGCGUGGCUCGGGUCAAAGGAUGGGCUAUUUCACGUGCAGGGUUUGUGAUUAAGUUGAAAAGUGGAAGCUGAGAUAGGUCGACUUGAAUCAAUAUCUUCUCAACAGAAGCAAAUGGGAACGAUUGUUUAUUUAUGGAUUAUAUCAAUUGAAAACGGCAGCCCCUAGGGACAGCGGGUUAAUUACAGGUUUUGGAAUUCCAACACGUCCACCAUAUGAUUUACAUGGUAAAUAUUAGGGUUGAGAGUAUUUUAAGUCUAUAGCAGCUGUAAAUACCGUGCUUAUCAUCUUUUUUGAUAAAUAAUAACAACCUUGUUUGGCUUUGGCUAGAAAAAUAGGAAGUUAUUUACACUCGGUAGUAACAGCUUUGUUUUUUGGAAUUUCAGCUUUAUAAUUGUAAGCACCCGGAUUGGCAAGAGCCGAAGACACUAGAAUGGGGGCUUCGGGUGAUGCCAAGCGGAAGCCUAGUGGUUGCCUAAAUAAACCCCAUUGUAAUAGUAUACGUGUAGGGUUAAUGACAAAAGUCUUACCGGAAAAGGUAUUAGGAUACAUGUGUACGACACAUUCAUAUCAGGCUUUGCUCAUAAAAGGAGAGCUAUCCUCCAGAGAGAGACAGAGCUUAUCAGAUGUACUGUGUAUUGGGAUUAGUCUUUUCAUAACCUUUUAUCAAUAAUAUGGUGUUUACAA